AUGGUAACUGGGGAGUGGGGAGUGAGUGAUGCCUGGAGCAAGCCUUGCUCUUUCCUGUUUUUGUCAAAUGGUCACGCUGUAACUGACACACGGCCUUUGGAUUUUGCUUUUGGCGGCAUCCGACUGCUGUCACGUCUCCACCUUCACGGCCGACUGCUGUCACGUCUCCACCGUCACGGCCUCAAGACCACUGGACACACCCUGAGCAAAACGCAGCAGACCAAGCUCACCGUGGGCAGCAUGGGCCUGGGCUUGAUCAUCAUCCAGCAUGGCCCCUACCUGCAGAUUACCCACCUCCUCAGGAAGAGCCCUGCGGCCAAGGACGGGAAACUCCGGCCAGGUGAUGUACUCAUUAGUGUUGGCCAUGCCAAUGUGUUAGGAUAUACGCUUCGAGAGUUUUUACAGCUUUUGCAACAGACUACCAUCGGAACGGUACUAGGAAUCAAGGUCUAUCGAAGUUUUAUUGACAUACCCAAAGAAUGGAAAGAAAUCCAAGAUUUGAUCCCAGAGACCAAAUUCCCAGUAACAACCGCACCAAAGAAAACCCAGCAGGCAAAAGAAGACUCUCUCACAAGCAGUGAGGACAAUGAAGAAGUCGUUUUAGAUAAAAGACUUAAAUAUUAUAGGUAUCCUCGGUCCAUGGGGCAUCACCCUGCAAUGAAACCAGUAUCUAUUUCCAAAGAGUGGCAUGGCUAUAAAAAGAAGAACCAGACUAUCAGUGUGGGGAAAGACAUCAGCUGUGAUGUGAUGAUUCAUAAGGACAAGGAAGUGAGAGCCCCUUCUCCAUACUGGACAAUGGCAAAACAAGACCGAGAAAGCUCCUCCUCCUCCUCCAUCUCCUCUGCCUCGGAUGCGUUUUGGCUGGAAGACUACGCCCAAGCUGAAAAGGGCAAAGGUCAACCACCAUCCAGUGUUAAGCACUAA